AUGUCUUCACAGCUUUCCAUGCUCGAUUUAACGAAAACAAACUUGGCGGCGCUCCCCAAUGACAUUCUAAAAUGGAGUCCACACCUAGAUACUGUUGUUCUGUACAUCAACCGGCUCUCCUUCAUCAAUUGGCUUAUUGUUUGGAUUAACAAACCUAUACACCUGAUAGACAAGGACAAAACCAUUUGUUCAUCAGAAUCUCUGGAUACUCUUCGUGAGAAACCCCUGCUUGAUGUUGAUCCAAAUGAACUCUGUAUAAUAAAUGGUCUAUUGUUUCUGAUUCCCCUCGCCUCCAUUGGCUUGGUUGUAGUCAGCGUGCUAUUGUAUCACUGCCGACGGCAGUUGAGGUACAAACUCUUUCUCUUGAAACUGGCCGCAGUGGGCUAUAAAGAGAUGCGAGGCGCUCGAGACCACAACGACUACGAGUUUGACGUGAACAUCAUUUUCUACGACGAUGGCGAAGAUGACGAGGAAUGGAUUCGCGAACAGCUCCGACCGGCUCUCGAAGAACGGCUUCCACAGUUUCAGAGGAACGUCUUCGGUGACGAAGACCUUGUAUUGGGUAUACAUUAUUUGGAUUCCGUCGAUUACGUGGUGAGCCACAGUUACAAGACCAUCAUAGUGCUUAGCAGAGCUGCUGUGCAAGACCGCUGGUUCACACUCAAGUUCCGUACGGCCAUGGACCACGUGAGUGACACUUUGACUGAAUUCGUAGUCGUGGUCUUCCUCGAAGACAUCCCUGAUGAUGAAAUGCCAUUCUUGGCGAGGUUGUAUCUCAAUGAUGGCAGACCAUAUAUCCACUGGACUGAGGACAUGAGAGGACAAGAAUAUUUCUGGGAUAAAUUGGCCAAAAAUCUGACCAUUAAUCUAAGGACAAAUGACUUGAUCCCAAAUGAGUAG